GAGCAGGGGAGCUAGCUUGGCAGUGACGCGGGGCCCUCACGUGACCCGGGGCUGCAGAGCGACGCAGCCUUGGGUGCAGUCGUCACUUGCGUCUGGUCUCCAGCUCCGCGCUUCCCUGCGCAGGGCGGGCUGGCAUCGGGCCCUGGGCGAGCGGCGCAGGUCUGCAAGCCGAGAGUCGCGGCGGCGCGUCUGGCAGGAGAAUUGAGAGGAGGACUCCGCGGCGAGGGAUAGGCCCAGAAUAACAACCAGAAAACAAAAUCUCAUCAUGGCAAAUAUCCACCAGGAAAACGAAGAAAUGGAGCAGCCCCUGCAGAAUGGGCAGGAAGACCGCCCUUUGGGAGGAGGUGAUGGCCACCAGCCUGCAGCAAACAACCACCACCGAAGAGGACAGGCCCGCCGACUUGCCCCUAACUUUCGAUGGGCCAUACCCAAUAGGCAGAUUAAUGAUGGGUUGGGUGGAGAUGGAGAUGAUAUGGAAAUGUUCAUGGAAGAGAUGAGAGAAAUCAGGAGGAAACUUAGGGAGCUACAGUUGAGAAAUUGUCUGCGUAUUCUUAUGGGGGAGCUCUCUAAUCACCAUGAUCAUCAUGAUGAAUUUUGCCUUAUGCCUUGACUUCAGCCAUUUUCAUGAGAUUCAUACUGUGAUUCCCGAUGUAUUCCUUUUCCUUGCAUUUUCCUGACAUGCCUUUACUGAUCUGUUUAUGGUGAGCCUUGUGUUAUUUCCAUGUGCCAGGUGGGUCUUGUGUUGCCAACUUCUAAUUGGAGAUUGCCUUCCCACUCAGUGUGAGUUUCUGUCAACAGUACAGUGUUGCCCAUUUGCAUGGAAAAACUGUAAAGUAAAUAAAGCAACCGAAAAGCAA